AUGUUUGACUUCGCAUCCCCCGGCCCCGAGGCCGCGCGCGAGCCCAGCCCGACUCCCACAUCCACAGCCACGUUCCAGCCAUCGUGGGAACGCGUCGCCGUUGCGCCCGUUCCCGGCAUGCGUCGCCAGCCCAAGAUCUGGAAGAGAGUGGCCGGCCUCGUCAACGCGCCGCUUCCACGCAACUAUGUCGUCGCCAUGACCGAGCUCGCUAGCAACGGGCAAGGUCCGAGGAAGCGCAUGCGUCACGAAGGCCACAUCCCCGUCUGGGGCGAGCCCAAGUGGCAUCCUAAGAUUGACGAGCCCCGCGAUGGCAAGAAUGAAUUGACCAAGGCUCGCGAUGCCGUUAUGAGAGCUGUUCACGAUAAAGCACUGGCUGCCAUGACGGCGCCUCUCCCCGCACGCAGAAGAACCACUUAUGCCGAAGAGAAGCUCAAAUGGGUUCCAAGGAAGCGCCAUCACUCGCGUUGGCCCAUCGAACCUAAGAAGCAGGAUCGCAUGGUUGCCCAUCUGCAGCCCUACAUCGAGUUCAAGGUUCCGUCGACUAGCGCCCCACCCAUCGAGACCCCCUCCAAGCUCGACGCAAAGCAGAUGGCCCGGCGUUGUACUCGGCGUCUUAGCAGAUCGCCGUCCAAGCAGCUGGCCGCAGUUAGGCUGUCUCCCGUUAAGAAGUCUGCGCUGUUCAUGUCCCCAGUCAAAAAGUCGUUGGGUUGCCUCUCCCCGACCAAGGUCGUCGACUCGCCGCACCGCACAUUCCGCGUCAAUGCUACGCCGACAAAGGUCAAUCUCAACUCGAUUAAGAUUACCCCCCCCAGGAAGUUUCCUCUCAAGCCCUCUACUCCGACUCAACAAAGAGAGGACAAAGCGGUUACCUCGAGUGCGAAACCGAGCGUUGCUACCCCCGCUACCACGCAACCUUCUCCAUCUACGCCACUUCUUCCCCUUCUCUUCGAUUCUCCUGUCGUCGACUCGCAGCCCGAGCCGAUAUAUGAGACUCACAGGCGCACCUCCCUCCACGCGGCCAAACGGCUCGAUCGCAUCUCUAGUGGCGCCGCUCGGCUGCUUGCGCUUAAGAGCCGCAAGAGCCCUAACCGCCGUCACAGUUUUACGACGUUGAGCAACGUGCAAGCCGCCACACCCAAGCCGACGAAGGAACGGCGCAACUCCUUUUCUAGCUUCCGUGCCGACCAUAAUGAGGUCGGCACGCUGACGACAGACAACUUGAGGAGCGCGAACGCGACUCUUAAGAAUGCGCAACGUGUCGUCGAGAUCGACAUGAAAACCGAUCUCGACAUAUUCGGCAAGCCCAGCGCGGCACCCAAAGACGGGGCUGCCACGCAGGGUCCGGUGCAGACGCGCGCCGAGACAACGCCUGCGCCCGCUGUUACCCCCUCUGCUGGGGUCGACUCCCCGUUGUCUUCGCUGGCCGCCCUCUUCGCUGCCGGCAGCAGAAAUCCGCCCGACACCCCCGACGUUCCCUCGCGCUCGGCCACUCCCUCGGGCAAUCCAUCCCCGGCCUCCACCGAGACCCCCAGCAGGUCCUCCUGCCUGCCUGCAACCCCGAAAGCGGCAGCCAACGCGCAAUCGCCAGCUGCCGAGGCUGCCGAAGUCAUUGGUGCAACCAACACCUCUCCCGACGUCGACGCCACGUCGAGUGGCUUGUCGACGUCUGAUUCGCCGAAGCCUGUCCCCAAGGAAACGACGCCCACAAAGGACCUGAAUGAUAAUGAUGAGCUCCUUGCUCACUUUCCCUCUGCUAUCCAGACUUGCUUUGACGCGACUUCGCCAUCGCCCAUGGCCUCGGAUAAAGUCGGGGAUGCCUCAUCUGAAACUUUAAUUACGGCUGCUAGCAAAGAUGCUACGUCCACCCCUACCUCUUCCCCCCCUCCCGCGUCUUCGCCCGAGCAAGCUACUACAGAGCAUUCCUCUCCCCGGAAGCCAUCACAACUUACUGCCGAGUUGGAUGCCGAAUCGUCUCCUAAGUUCACGCCCAUCAAUGGGCACACAUCUUCCCCGACCAAUAUCACCUCGGGCUCCUCUCAAGAGAAAGAUCUGCCGGAGUUUGAAGAGCCCACCCACGAGCAGCAGGUUGAUGAGGACACUGUCAUGAAGGAUGCCCCCAUUGAGGAGCUCUCUGCUGCGAGCAAUGACAAUGCCGAUCAGCUUCGCGUUACCGCUACGGAGCCCCUGAAGCCCCAAGAUGGCUCCACCGAAUCCGACAUGGACAUGCUCCGCGACUUUAUCACCAGGGUUACCGCAGAGAAGACUGCCGCCCUCGCAGCCAAUGCCGCUGCCAAGUCUGAACGCCGCGGCCACAUCUUCGGCGCGACCCCAUCCAAGGUAGAAUCCGACACAUCCCCCAGCAGAACUCCUCUCGGCGAAAAGAGCCCUAACAGUCCUACCACCGGAAACAAGAAACGGAAGCUGGAUGAGUUCAACAACGACGUCGCCUCUAAGGAAGCAGCCCCAUCAGAACCUCAGCCGACCGGCCGCCGGCUCAAACGCCGUCGCAGCCUUGAUGCUGUGCCGACUUCUAUCGAUGGAGAGAGCCCCGACCAAAAUAACUCAUCCGACCAGGCAUCGGCUGGCUUGCGUCGCUCAACCCGCGCUCGCACCACACGCGUCGAUCUCACUCGUUCCGCUCCCUCUGCCAACAUCGCCCUCUCGCAGAUCCCGCGUGCGCGUGUCAGUCGUGCUGGAGCCAGCCCCACGACCCCCGCAAAGCCUUCCCGUCCUACGCCUCAAGACCGUAAGAAGGAACUUGAGCUCGAGGCUCUCACGCGCGUCAACACCCGCAACAACAAGGGCGCCGCCAUCCCGCCCCCGCUGAUGCUCCUGAUGCUGAACGCCGACCUGGAAGUUAGGAAGAAGGUCGGCAUUGACGACGUAAUGGAGCCCAAGAAGGGCAGCGAAGCUCAGGUUCCGGCCAAGCAGACCGACAAACCUAAGAAGUCGGUCCGCUUCGCCGAGAACCUGGUCAGUUAUCGCGAACCAUCCCCGACUGUGAUAACUGGAGCCGAGCGCCAGGCUGCUGCUAGUCUGGAAACUGUCAUCCCCGAUGGGGAUGAAAUUGCUGAGGCUGAGCCGACUGUUGGUGCCGCCGUCGCCAAGACGCAGCCCGUCCUGGCAAAGAAAAAGGUUGUUGCCGGGAAGCGCAAGGCUUCCCCCGCCUCCACCGCCGCUGCUACUGCACCUUCUGCUGGCCCUGCUGGCCCUGCUGUUGCGCCUGCGUCGUCUGCGACCGCCAAGCGCUCCACCCGCUCGUCCCGACUGCCGCCCCCUAAGCCGGUCGCUAAGUCUGUCGUGCCUGGGGAGGCCCCCGCCGCCGCCGCUGCUGCUGCUGCUGGCUCUGCCGGCAAGAAAAGGUCGGCCUCUACGUCUAGCCCAGCCCCUGGCCGUGCUGCUGCGCCGUCUGCCCGUUCCCCGGCUGCCAAGCCGGGUGCAAAGCCUACUGCUGUGGUCCGUGGUGCCCGUACCGCUCCCGCUGGUGCCCCCCGCGCCAGCGCCAAGUCUGCUGCUGCUGGGUCCGCCCCAACCGGACGGACCACAAGGUCAACUUCUGCUGGGCUGGCAGCUAAGAGGGCCGCUGCAGCUGCAGCUGCUAGCGGCGAGGAGAUGGAGGGGGUCGGUAAGCCGGCUCCGAAGAGGAAGGGGACUGCUGCUGCGGGGAAGGGGUGA